CGCCACCUCUAACGAACGUCGCGUUUUAAAAAACAAAUCACCAAACGACUCGGACGCGAGAUCUAAGCGACUCGACUAGCGAAAAAAGUUUCCAGUUGAAUCUGUAAAUUCUCAAGUGAACUAAAACCAUAACCUAAGCAAUCAUAUAUUUCGCCUUCCCACCACAAAUGUUUUCGGCCAGCAAAAUAGCUUGUUAAGUUAAUGCUGCAUAUAUGACAGACCCACACGACAUCGACAGCGACUGAGACACAAUGAGCCGCCAACACCAGCGGCACCACCAGCAGCACCACCACCUGCCCCUGCACCAGCAGCAGCAGCCGCAGCAGCAGUUGCAGAUGCCGCAACAGCAGCAGCAGUUGACGGCGCAGCAGCAGCAGCAACAGCAGCUCCUCAUGGCGGAGCAUGCGGCUGCCGCGGAGGCGGCGGAGCUGUUCGACCUUCUGUGCGUGGCCACCACGAUGCGCCAGAUCCUGGCCCUCCAUCGGGCCAUGUGCGAGGCAGUGGGUCUGCAUCCCUCGCCGCUGAAUGACUUCUAUCCGCGACUCAAGGCCAAGGUGCGCUCGUGGAAGGCGCAGGCGCUGUGGAAGAAGUUCGACGCCCGGGCAGCCCAUCGGGUCUAUGGAAAGGGAGCAGCCUGCACCGGCACCCGCGUCCUGGUCAUCGGAGCCGGCCCCUGUGGCCUGCGCACAGCCAUCGAGGCCCAGCUGCUGGGCGCCAAGGUGGUGGUGCUGGAGAAACGCGACCGCAUCACCCGAAACAAUGUGCUCCAUCUGUGGCCCUUCGUCAUCACGGAUCUGCGCAAUCUGGGAGCCAAGAAGUUCUACGGCAAGUUCUGCGCCGGCUCCAUCGAUCACAUCUCCAUCCGGCAGCUUCAGUGCAUGCUGCUCAAGGUAGCGCUGCUCCUGGGCGUGGAGAUCCACGAGGGCGUCAGCUUCGAGCACGCCCUGGAGCCCUCUGCCGAUGGCGGUGGAUGGAGGGCAGCGGUUACUCCCGCGGAUCAUGCCGUCUCCCACUACGAGUUCGAUGUGCUGAUUGGAGCGGAUGGCAAGCGGAAUAUGCUAGAUUUUCGGCGGAAGGAGUUCCGCGGCAAGCUGGCCAUCGCCAUCACGGCCAACUUCAUCAACAAGAAGACAGAGGCGGAGGCCAAGGUGGAGGAGAUCAGUGGCGUGGCCUUCAUCUUCAACCAGGCCUUCUUCAAGGAGCUGUACGGAAAGACGGGCAUCGAUCUGGAGAACAUUGUCUACUACAAGGACGAAACGCACUACUUUGUGAUGACGGCCAAGAAGCACAGUCUGAUUGACAAGGGAGUCAUCAUCGAGGACAUGGCCGAUCCAGGGGAGCUUCUGGCUCCGGCAAAUGUGGAUACACAGAAGCUACACGACUACGCCCGCGAGGCGGCUGAGUUCUCCACGCAAUACCAAAUGCCAAACCUGGAGUUCGCUGUGAAUCACUAUGGCAAACCGGAUGUGGCCAUGUUCGACUUCACCUCGAUGUUCGCCGCCGAGAUGUCUUGCCGUGUGAUUGUGCGCAAGGGCGCCCGCCUAAUGCAGUGCCUCGUUGGCGACAGCCUACUGGAGCCGUUCUGGCCCACCGGAUCGGGCUGUGCCCGUGGCUUCUUAUCCAGCAUGGAUGCCGCCUAUGCCAUCAAGCUGUGGUCCAAUCCCCAGAACAGCACACUUGGGGUGCUGGCCCAGCGGGAGAGCAUCUACCGGCUGCUCAACCAGACCACGCCAGACACCUUGCAGCGGGACAUCAGUGCCUACACCGUGGACCCGGCCACGCGCUAUCCGAACCUGAACAGGGAAUCGGUCAACAGCUGGCAGGUGAAGCACCUGGUCGACACGGACGACCCGUCCAUUCUGGAACAGACCUUCAUGGACACGCACACCCUGCAGACGCCGCAUGCGGACACGCCGGGCAGAAGGAAACGACGCAGUGGAGAUCUCCUGCCCCAGGGAGCCACUUUGUUAAGAUGGAUAAGUGCCCAGCUGCAUGCCCAUCAGUUUGUUACGGAACUCAAGGAGGCUUCGGAUGUUUUCCGAAAUGGACGUGUUCUCUGUGCCCUUAUUAAUCGCUAUCGCCCUGAUCUCAUCGACUUUGCUGCCACCAAGGACAUGAGUCCCGUGGAGUGCAAUGAGCUGUCCUUCGCCGUAUUGGAGCGCGAACUGCACAUCGAUCGCAUCAUGAGCGCCAAGCAGUCGCUGGACCUGACCGAUGUGGAGUCGCGCAUCUGGCUCAACUAUCUGGACCAGAUUUGCGAUCUAUUUCGCGGCGAAAUUCCUCACAUCAAGCACCCCAAGAUGGACUUCAGUGAUCUCCGCCAGAAGUAUCGCAUCAACCAUACGCACGCUCAGCCCGACUUCUCCAAGCUGUUGGCGAUGAAACCGAAAGCCAAGUCACCCAUGCAGGAUGCAGUGGACAUACCUACCACUGUGCAAAGGCGUUCAGUUCCGGAGGAGGAGCGUGCCAAGCGGCAGCGUCGCCACGAGCAGCUCCUCAACGUUGGUGGAGGGGCCGCGGGAAGCGCCGCCGGAGUUGCCGGGAGCGGAAGCGGAACGGGAGCCACUACUCUGGGUCAAAACGAUACGCCACGACGGUCGAAGAAGCGCCGCCAGGUCGAUAAAACCGCCAAUAUUGAGGAGCGCCAGCAGCGCUUGCAGGAGAUCGAGGAGAAUCGGCAGGAGCGGAUGAGCAAGCGGCGCCAGCAGCGCUACCACCAGACGCAGAAUUUCUACAAGAGCCUGCAGCUCCUGCAGGCGGGCAAGCUUUUGAGGGAGGGUGGUGAACCCGGGGUGGCCGAGGAUGGCACCCCCUUCGAGGACUACUCGAUAUUCCUCUACCGCCAGCAGGCUCCAAUCUUCAACGAUCGCGUGAAGGAUCUCGAGCGGAAGCUUCUGUUUCCCGAUCGCGAACGGGGAGAUAUUCCCUCGGCAUUGCCUCGAACGGCAGAUGAGCAGUUCAGCGAUCGCAUCCGGAACAUGGAACAGCGUAUGACGGGACGCGGUGGCCUGGGCGGCGACAAGAAGCCCAAAGAUCUGAUGCGGGCCAUCGGCAAGAUCGACUCGAGCGACUGGAAUGUGCGCGAGAUCGAGAAGAAGAUCGAGCUCUCGAAGAAGACGGAGAUCCAUGGGCCCAAGGGCCGUGAGAAGGUGCCGAAGUGGAGCAAGGAACAGUUCCAGGCCCGUCAGCACAAGAUGUCCAAGCCGCAGCGCCAGGACUCGCGCGAGGCGGAGAAGUUCAAGGACAUCGACCAGACCAUCCGCAACCUGGACAAGCAGCUAAAGGAGGGCCACAACCUGGACGUUGGCGAGCGGGGCCGCAACAAGGUGGCCUCCAUCGCGGGACAGUUUGGCAAGAAGGACGAGGCCAAUUCGGAUGAGAAGAACGCGGGCAGCAGCAAUGCCACCACCAACACCACCAACAACACAGUCAUACCCAAAUCUAGUUCCAAGGUGGCUUUGGCCUUCAAGAAGCAGGCUGCCUCCGAAAAGUGCCGCUUCUGCAAGCAAACCGUCUACCUAAUGGAGAAGACCACCGUGGAGGGUUUGGUUCUGCAUCGCAAUUGCCUUAAGUGCCACCACUGCCACACCAACUUGCGUCUGGGAGGCUACGCCUUCGAUCGGGACGAUCCACAAGGUCGUUUCUACUGCACCCAGCACUUCCGGCUGCCGCCCAAACCCUUGCCACAGCGCACUAACAAGGCCAGGAAAUCCGCUGCCGCUCAACCAGCCUCGCCUGCCGCACCACCAACUGCUGCUGCAGCUGCCUCUGCUGAGCCUAUGGACACCACUCCACCCAGGGACCAAGUAGAUCUGCUGGAGACCUCGCGAGCCACUGCCUCCGCCGAUGCCAUGUCCGAUGACGAGGCCAAUGUCAUUGAUGAGCACGAGUGGUCGGGUCGCAACUUCCUGCCCGAGUCCAACAAUGAUUCCCAAUCGGAGCUAUCUAGUUCGGAUGAAUUCGAUACAGAGUCGGACUCGGAGAUGUUCGAGGAGGCGGAUGAUUCGCCUUUCGGAGCUCAGACCCUCCAACUGGCCUCGGAUUGGAUUGGAAAGCAGUACUGCGAGGAUAGCGAUGAUUCUGAUGAUUUCUACGAUUCUAGUGAAGGUAUUGCGGAUGAUGGUAAGGAUGACACCGAGGGCGAGGAGUUCAAGAAGGCCCGGGAGUUGCGACGCCAGGAGGUUCGCCUGCAGCCGCUGCCCGCCAAUCUGCCCACGGAUACGGAAACCGAGAAACUUAAGUUAAACGUAGACAAUAAAGAGAAUGUGGCCGACAGGAGCUCUCUGAAAUCGGGCAAUUCUUUUGAGUCCGCCCGCAGUCAGCCGACUACGCCCCUGACCACGCCCACUCGAGUCGAAUUAGAGCAACUGGAGCGGAAUGCUCCUCGCAAGUUUAGCAGCGAGAUCGAGGCCAUAAGCGAAAAGCUGUACCACAUGAACAACAUGGUCAAGAUGAAUAAGGACCUGGAGGUGCUGGCCAAGGAGAAUCUGGUCAAGAGCGACAUCCUGCGCAAGCUCACGCUGAAGGAGAAGUGGCUGGCGGAGAACGCGGCCAUAGCAGCUGGCCAAAAGGCAGUUCCAGCACCAAGCUCAGCUGCUCCUCCACUCCAACCUAAGUCCAAGUUCGAUGAAAAGUUCGAAAAGGCGGUGAGUCCCCUCCAACCGGUGGUUGAAACUAAAUCCAAGCCGGUAAUAGACUUUAAUCUGGAUGAGCUGAAACCGCGCAAACCCAACUUUGAGGAGCGGCCCAAGGAUCAGCUGCCCAGGCCUGAGGGUUUAAAGAAACCACCCCAACCAAAACCCAAGGGCAGCAGCACCAACGUGAGUCGCUCCAACAGUUUGAAGAGCAACGCCGGCACCGGAAGUCCAAAGGUGAAGAAGAGUCCCAUUCCCGGCAAUAGCAAGAUGCAACUUGAAGGAAUCUUAGGCACCAUCAAGAAGAUCCAGCGCCAGAACAGUAGCGAUAUGGAUGAAGAUAUGGAUGUGGAUACCGAGGGGGAUGUCGAAAGACCACCCAAUAAAGAGCUUAACAGCAAGCUAAAAGAAAUCCAAGCCAGCAGCUUUGCCGGCACCAUGGAUCACAUUAAAUCCCAGCUGACGAUGCCCACGGUAAGUGCCCAGGCACCAGCCUCCAUGGACCUGUCCAAGUACUUCCCCAACCAGAAGCAAGAGAAAAGCACUUCGAGCAGCACCAACAAAAACCAGGUUACCCUCAAGGAUGUCAAUCUGGCCAAGUACUUUCCCAGCAGUCCGGCUCCACAACGAAGAACCGUUGAGACGGUGGCCGAUCGACUGAAGAAGUCGCAGACUGAGGCUACUCUGGCCAAAGCCAAGCUGCAGGAGGAGAGGCCCAAGAACCAGGAGACCAAAAAGAACCCAGAGAAGGUGGUCGAUUCAAAGCCAGUGCCACCUAAGCGACAAGCCUCUUUAGAUACCUUUAGCUUAAGGGAUCAUCAGAUGGAUGGAGCACUGGACCUGACCAAAAAGAAAGGCCCCGCGAAGGCGUCCUCGGCGGUCAAAAAGCCAGCCAAGUUAGGAAGUACCACGACCCUGACGAAAGCCACCGCCACGUCCAAAGGAAAGACCAUUAAGAUUGUCAAGAAAAUCGUGCCCAAAGGAACCAAAGCCAAAAAGGCGGCGGCUCAGGAAGCCGCUGCAGUCGAGGCUCCUCCAGAGAAGCAGCCGGAAAAGGAUGAAGCAGAGCGAAUAUUGGAUGAAAUCCUGGGCGAUGGGGAAACACGCUCACCCAGCUCCGAGUACCAGCGUUUGUUUCAGGAUGAGAAAUCCCCCAGCGAUCUGUCCGACAACAUUGAUCGAAUACUGGAGGAAACCGGGCUGGAUCUAGAACUGGGUCUCCCUAAACGUAGUAGCAAGAAACUGCUUAAAACCAAAUCCCUAGGCGAGGGGGAGUUCGAUCUCAAACCUUCGAAAGAAAGACUGACUGGGGUACAGAACAUCCUGAAGCGUUUUGAGUCCAUGAGUUCGGUUACUUCCCAGAAUUCACAGAAUAGUGAUGAACAGGCUGCGUUCAAGCUACGCCGAAUGGAGUCCACCACCAGCAACCUGAGCAGCUUGACCCGCUCCAGGGAAUCCCUAGCCUCUGUCAGUGAUUCCAUGAGUGAUUUAGAAAAAACCAUGGACUACCUGCGUAAUGAAUGGCGGAAUGAAGCUACGAACUUCCUGCAAAAGAAACGGGAUAAUUUCUAUGCAAAGAAGGAGGAGCAGCAAAAGGUGGUGCAGGCUAAGCCCAAACCAGAUCCUUUGAACGAUCUUCCUGUGCAAUAUCGCGACUCAAAGUUGGCCAAGUUCUUUGGCCUGGCCACUCGUAAGUCACCCGAGAAGAGAAAGUCUCCUAUUAAGAAAAAGAAAUCCCCAUCGAAAACGCCAAAGGUGACCAAGGCGAACAACUCACUGGAGGAGCUGGCCAAGAUCGGUAGUGUUCGCCAGGCCAAGCAGGCUCAAAAAAAGACCCUAAAGCAUAUAGAAACUAAACCUCUAAAGCCAGCCAGUCCCGUUCCCGAUGAUUUUGAGAUUCUGGAUCUCCUGGAAAAAGCCACAGAGGCUAAGGAACUGGAGCGUUCCAAGACCAAGAGCCCAGCUGUGGAACCGAUUAAAGAAACGCCAAUAGAAGCUAUAGUAGAAACCCUCUUGCCAGUCGAGGACAUUAAGAAUCUACCCAAAACCGGGUGUGAUAAGUCCUCGAACAGCUCACGUCGUGGCUCCCAAUCCAGUUUGGUGAUGUCGCGGCGACAAUCGGAGAUUUCCCUAACUGAGAAGCUCAACCAGGAGGCACUGGUGGCCCUGAGCCACCUAGAAAAGGAACGGGAGGCGGAGCAGGUGGAUGAACUGUUCCAGAGCAUGGUGGAGGAAAUAGAACAGGAAGCAGAGCCCAUUGCCAUUGCUGAAGAUCUUCCUGUGGAAGAUGACAUCGAUGUGGAUUCACUGUGCACCACAAUCAGCAAGAGUCCCAGUGCCCAGCCAGUUACUGUGGUGAAACGGGGUAGUUCCGAGGAUCAAAGCAUUGAGAAGCUUUUCGGUCACUUUUCCGACGAGAUGUUGGUGAAUGUGGAGUUCGAUUCCAACGAUGAGCUGGUGGGGAUCACACCAAGGGCCACACUAGUUUCCAGAAACACAGCCGAUCGUGAUUACCUGGAUAAACUGGAGUCUUUGGAGCGCGAUGAGGAGACUUUCCAGCCGGUUGUUAAGGAGAAAUUCAAACAGGAAAAUGACCAGGAUGAAGUGGAUAGUCCUCACUUCCCAUCGCGCCCACAACGCAGACCCAAAAGUAGUUCAUCUUCCAGUGAACCGUCCCUUCCAGUGGCUCCCCAAAGGUUAAAGAAGAAGCUCUCGAAAAUAGAUCCCGAGGAUAUGGCUCCUUCUGUGCAGGAUCUUCUGCACCAGGUUUACAUUAAGAAUGUCCAGCCUCAGGUAGUGGAAGUUAUUCCUGUGGAAGGAGGGCAAACAUUGAGGUUCCCUAGUAUGUUAACAGAAGAUGUGAUCGAAGUGGAUCAUCCCAAAGAGGCAUUAAAAGAAAAUGACUCAGCUCCAGAAGAGAUUAAGAUGGGGACUGCAACCCAACCGGAAGAGAUUCCUUUAGCUAUUCUAAUUCCUAGCAAACCCCCAACAAGUCAGAAUAACUCAAUCAAGAGUGAGAAUUCCUCUGGAAGCAGUCUAGUGGAGAUACCAAAGAUAAUUACGCCAGCCAAGUCGAGUAGCGUGGAUAACUCCUCAGAUUGGGAUAUGGAGAAAAUGCCUGCAUCGCCUAUGCCGCGGAGGAAGCUGCUCCAAAAGCAACCUCCAAACAAAGUAGCCAGCAAGGAGAGCUCCUUGGAGUGGGACAUGGAGAAGCUGCCCAACAGUCCCAUGUUGCCGAGGAGGAACAAGAUGCGGCCCAUAUCUCCCACCACUAGUUCCGUCCAACUUCUAAAUAACCUAACCUCCGAUGCGGAUGACGAGGCGGCACAGCGACGUAUCAUCCAAGACUUCGAGCAGGAGAGACGGCAGGCGCUAAUCAAGCGGGACGAGAAUUUCGAGGCCAUUGCGGCAGAGCAACGCAGACGCGACUCCUUGCAGAGUAGUAGCAACUCGAGCAGCAAGCGCAGUUUGCCUCCUCCAACUCCUCCGAUGAAGCUGGGCUCCUCCCGACGCGGCACCACUCAGGACACAAAUCGCACCCAGGAUACGGGUUCCCGGCAUGAGGGAACACCACCUAUGUUCAAAAAACUGGAUGUCGAUGGCAGUGGGACGUCAAUGGACUCCACUGCCUGCUCCACGCGGCGCAGCUCGUUUGCAUUUAUAGAGUUACAGGACAAUAAACCUGUGAUUGUACCUAUGCCCAAGAAACUAAAGCUUCCAAAGCCAGAGGCGCCGAGGUUUGUUCCCGAGCCAGUGGCCAUUGAUGAGCCCGUGCCUGAGGUGUUCCAGGGCCGAGCGUGGCCCAAGCCGCACCUUGAAGGGGAGGUGGAUCUCGAGGAUCUGGAUGAGGAGGAUCAGGCAGAGAAGCUAAGGAAACAGCUGCCCGAAUACGCUCGCUCGGAUUCUCCUCCAUCGGCUGCUUUUAAGAAUCGCAAGUGGCCAGAUGGGAAGACGGUCUUUGACAAGCGUGCUGAAUCUCUUGAGGAGGAAGAUAUAUUCGAAGGAUUACUGACCUCAAGGAAGAGAGGUUCUCAAAGAUUCAAGGAUAAGCCGCGCUCCCAAUCGCCACAACCUUUCAAACCUCUCGUCAACAGCUCCCGGCAGAGCUCGAAGUCUUUUAGCGACCUUAAGAAAGGACCGUCAUUACAAUCCUUGUCGGCGCAAUCCAGUCAAGACACCACGGACACCAUCUCCACCACCACCACAGUGGCCACAGCUCGUCCAGUAAACUACGCCAGCUUUGGGGAUCCCAUGGACGCCAGUACACAAGCUUUGCUGGAUCGCAGCAAACGGUUACACAACCGCAAGAGGGAUUUCGUAAAUGAACGGGUGGUCGAGCGUAAUCCCUAUAUGAGGGAGGUCCUCCGGAGCACGGAUCGCAGGGGAUCGUACUCCGAUGUGGAUGAGGACUUGACCAGCUACCGGCCAAGGCACUAUGCUAGUUCCACGCUCAAUCGUUUUCCAAAUACCUCAACCAGAAAGAGCAACACAUACGAUUACCUCAAUCCAACUAGUGAUUACCUGACUAGAAGAAGCUACAACCUACCGACCAGCACCACCUCGAGCAGCUACUAUCCUUCGACCACGCGCAGCUCCCACCUGAGCGACCUCUUCCGACGACGCAGCCCCACCAGCGGAUCUGGAUCGGGAUCCGCGUUUUCCAACUACGGCAACAAAGAGUCGUGCGUCCAGACCGAGUCCGAGAGCACCUCGCCCGACGAGGUGGAGCUCAACUCUGCCACUGAGAUAUCCACCGACUCCGAGUUCGACAACGAUGAGAUUAUACGCCAGGCGCCCAAAAUCUUCAUCGAUGACACCCAUCUAAGGAAGCCCACAAAGGUCCAGAUUAAGUCCACCAUGAUCGGACCCAAUGCCGCUGCCGCCGGACUCCACCAGAAGCAGCUGGCGGCGCGGGAGAAGGGUGGCAGCUACCUCCAGAAGUACCAACCGCAACCGCCACUGCCGCAGUUCAAGCCGCUGGUCCAAGUGGAUCCCACCCUGCUCAUUGGGAGCCAGCGCGCUCCUCUCCAAAAUCCCCGGCCGGGAGACUAUUUGCUUAACAAGACGGCCAGCACCGAGGGCAUCGCCUCCAAGAAGAGCCUGGAGCUGAAGAAGCGAUACCUGCUGGGCGAGCCGGCCAAUGGCAACAAGAUCCAGAAGUCGGGAUCCACUUCGGUGCUAGAUUCGCGCAUCCGCAGCUUCCAAUCGAACAUCUCGGAGUGCCAGAAGCUGCUGAAUCCCAGCAGCGACAUCAGUGCCGGCAUGCGAACUUUCCUCGAUCGCACCAAGUUGGGCGAGGGUAGCAACAGCCAGACAACUGGACAGGCCAACGAGCUCAUCCGCUCCGCGACCAGCAAUGUGAUCAACGAUCUGCGCGUGGAGCUGCGGAUACAGAAGGCUCCCUCCAGCCAUUCCACGGACAACGAAAAGGAGAAUGUGUUUGUCAACUGCAAGAACGAGCUGAACAAGGGCAUGGAGUACACGGAUGCGGUGAAUGCCACGCUGCUCGACCAGCUGGCCAGGAAGAGUUCGCCCACCACGCCGACGAACAAUAAGACGGUGAUUGAGGUCAUAGACCUGGUGACCCCAGAGAAGCCGGUGGACAUUAUCGAUCUCACCACGCUGGAGACGCCCAAGAAGCUAUUGGUGGAUAGUGGCGCCAUGGAUGUGGAUGAUCGCCUCACUCCGGACAGCAAUAAGAUCAGUGAACUGCAGCAGGAGGUGAAGGAGGAACCGAAGCCGGAUGUCUCUCGGGAUGUGAAGGAGUGCAUACCUGAUAUACUGGGACACAUCAAGGAGGGAACGCAAGGUGGCGAGGAGCAGCAGAGUCUAUUGGAGCACUCGGACGAAGAGAAGCGCGACUCCCCGGAGAAGGAUGUGGCCGAGCAUGAGCUUUAUGAGCCGGACAGUGUGCAGAUCCAGGUGCCCAAUAUCCCAUGGGAAAAGGCAAAGCCGGAGGUCAUGUCCACCACCGGCAGCAGUGGCUCCAUCUGCUCAAGUUCGGACUCAUCCAGCAUAGAGGAUAUUCAGCACUACAUCCUGGAGUCCACGACCAGUCCGGAUACCCAGACAGCGGGCGGCAAGCACAAUGUUCCGCGUUUGGAGGUGCACGACACGAGUGGCGCCCUGAUGCAGGUGGACAGCCUGAUGAUCGUGAAUGGGAAGUACAUCGGGGAUCCCGAGGAUGUCAAGUUCUUGGAUAUGCCCGCCAAUGUUAUAGUUCCCCCGGCUCCGGCGGUCAAAACAAAUGAGCUGGAGAUGGACGAUGACCAUGAGGCAGAACCAGUGACAGCUACUCCGGAACCUGCAGAGUGCACGGUGAUCGAGGCAGAGCGCCGGGUCACUGCACCGCCGCCUCUGCCCGAGAUGGGACCACCAAAAUUAAAGUUCGAUAGCAAAAACGAGAACAAGAUCGAGAGCCUGAAGAACCUCCCCCUGAUCGUGGAAAGCAAUAUAGAGCACAGCCAGGCGGUGAAGCCCAUUACGCUUAAUUUGAGCAGCUUGGCCAGGACGCCAGAUACACCAACCACGCCCACUGCCCAUGACAGCGACAAGACGCCCACGGGGGAAGUGCUCUCGCGAGGAUCUGACUCGGAAACUGAGCACACAGGUACGGGUCAUGUGCUAACGGAGACAGAACUCUCCGACUGGACGGCCGACGACUGCAUCUCGGAGAACUUUGUGGACAUGGAGUUUGUCCUCAACUCAAACAAGGGCACGAUAAAGCGGCGCAAGGAACGUAGACGUAGCAAACUGCCCAGUGGAAACGAGGUGAUCCACGAGCUGGCCAGACAGGCGCCCGUGGUGCAGAUGGACGGAAUCCUCAGCGCCAUCGACAUUGAUGACAUAGAGUUCAUGGACACGGGCUCUGAGGGUUCCUGUGCAGAGGCUUACUCCGCUACGAAUACGGCCCUCAUUCAGAACAGGGGAUAUAUGGAGUACAUAGAGGCGGAACCCAAGAAGGCGACCCGCAAAGCGGCUCCUCCGUCUAGCUACCCUGGAAACCUACCGCCUCUAAUGACGAAGAGGGACGAGAAACUCGGCAUUGAUUACAUAGAGCAGGGGGCGUACAUAAUGCACGAUGAUGCUAAGACGCCGGUGAAUGAGGUACCUCCUGCCAUGACCCAAUCCCUGACAGACUCAAGCACGCUCAACGAAUUGGAUGACGAUAGUAUGGGUGGAUUGGGCCUAUCGCAGACUCAGCCCACUACAACGGAGGAAAGUGAGGCGCUGACGGUAGUCACCAGCCCACUGGACACAUCCUCGCCUCGGGUGCUCGACCAAUUUGCUUCUAUGUUGGCAGCGGGAAAGGGUGACUCCACGCCCAGCAGCUCGGAGCAGCAACCAAAGACCUCUACGGUGACUAGCAGCAGCACGGGGCCCAACUCAUCGACGCCAGGAAACGCUUCCAAGGAGGGUGCUCCGCAGGAAGAUGACCUACAGAUCCAGUUCGAGUAUGUGCGAGCGCUGCAGCAGCGCAUCUCGCAGAUCAGCACCCAGCGGCGGAAGAGCUCCAAGGGAGAAGCGCCCACCCUGCAGCCAAAUACCAAUCCACCUGUGAUAGAAUCGGUCGAGGAUCCGCCCAAGCCCGUUGAGGAGCCAACGGCCUCGAUGCGAUCGCGAAGCACCAGCAUUUCGGGCAAGGUACCUGAGAUACCCACGCUCAGCAGCAAGCUGGAGGAGAUCACCAAAGAGCGCACCAAGCAAAAGGAUCUGAUUCACGACCUGGUCAUGGACAAGCUGCAGUCCAAGAAGCAACUGAACGCUGAGAAGCGUCUGCAUAGGAGUCGCCAGCGCAGCCUGCUGACCAGUGGCUACGCCAGUGGCGCCAGCCUGAGUCCCACGCCCAAACUGGCCGCUGCGUGCAGUCCGCAGGAUUCGAACUGCUCCAGCCAGGCGCACUAUCAUGCAUCCACGGCCGAAGAGCGACCAAAGCCGCCGGCGGAAAGGCCGUUGCAAAAGUCCGCCACAUCCUCAUAUGUGUCGCCUUAUCGCACAGUCCAGGGGCCCACACGCAGUGGUGAUCUCUACAAGCCGCGUCCCUUCAGCGAGCACAUCGAUUCGAGUGUCUUGACGGGCUACAAGCUGGGCAAGACCGCCUCGUUUAAUGGCGGAAAGUUGGGCGACUUCGCCAAGCCUACUGCUCCAGCGAGAGUAAACCGAGGUGGAGGAGUUGUGGCGCCGGAUGUGGCCAACAUUUCCGCCUCAACGGAAAACCUGAGAAGCGAAGCCAGGGCCAGGGCUCGUCUCAAGUCCAACACAGAGCUGGGUCUCAGUCCGGAGGAGAAGAUGCAGUUAAUCCGCUCACGGUUGCAUUAUGAUCAAAACAGAGCCCUUAAGCCAAAGCAACUAGAGGAGAUGCCAUCCGGCGAUCUGGCGGCGCGUGCCCGAAAAAUGAGUGCCUCGAAGAGUGUCAACGAUCUGGCCUACAUGGUGGGUCAGCAGCAGCAACAACAGCUGGAAACGGAUGCCGUGCACCAGGCCAAGGCGGCCGACUUCACAUCCGAUCCGAACUUGGCGUCCGGUGGCCAGGAGAAGGCGGCAAAAACGAAGUCCGGGCGGAGGGCAAAGGAUCCUGAGAGGCGCAAGAGUCUCAUACAGUCGUUGUCCAGCUUUUUCCAGAAGAGUUCUGCAUCCGCAGCCACCAGUUCCAAGGAGCAGGGCGUUCCUGUGGCUGCCGGCUACUCUGAGCAGUCAGAGCGACCCGGCACCAGCAGCAGCGGCACGCCCACAAUCUCGGAUGCGGCGACCGGAGGCGGAGGAGGAGGUGGCGUCUUCAGUCGAUUCCGCAUCUCGCCCAAGUCCAAGGAGAAGUCCAAGGACAAGGAUGUGCUGGUUUGCAAUGCUCCGGCAGGCGCAGGAUCCACAUCACAGACAAAUCACUCGCAAGAGUAUCUGAACAACAGUCGCUAUCGAAAGCAAACGAACAACGCAAAACCGAAACCCGAAUCGUUUUCUUCAUCCAGCCCGCAGCUCUACAUACACAAGCCCCACCACCUGGCCGCAGCCUAUCCAAAGGCCCUGGAUGACCAGACACCACCGCCCAUUCCGCCUCUGCCUCUGAAUUAUCAGAGAUCCGAUGAUGAGAGCUACGCUAACGAGACACGGGAGCAUAAGAAGCAGCGUGCCAUAUCGAAGGCUUCACGACAGGCUGAGCUCAAGCGAUUGCGAAUCGCUCAAGAGAUUCAGCGGGAACAGGAGGAGAUUGAGGUGCAGCUAAAGGACCUGGAGGCACGCGGCGUGCUCAUUGAGAAGGCCCUUCGGGGCGAGGCGCAGAACAUUGAAAACUUGGAUGCGACUAAGGACAACGACGAGAAGCUACUCAAGGAACUUUUGGAGAUUUGGCGUAACAUCACAGCACUCAAAAAACGCGAUGAGGAACUGACUAUAAGGCAACAGGAACUGCAACUGGAGUAUCGGCAUGCCCAGCUUAAGGAAGAACUCAAUCUGCGCUUGUCGUGCAACAAACUGGACAAAAGCUCCGCCGAUGUGGCCGCCGAGGGUGCAAUACUCAAUGAGAUGUUGGAAAUAGUCGCCAAGCGAGCUGCCCUACGUCCCACAGCCUCCCAACUGGACCUCACGGCAGCGGGAUCGGCAUCCACCUCAGCCGAGGCAACGGGCAUAAAGCUGACCGGACAGCCGCAUGACCACGAAGAGUCGAUUAUUUGAAUAGCAAACUUUCUCUGGGGUCUGCUGGUCUGCGAGGUUCUAAACGGACUACUUAGCCUAAAUACUUAAGAUGAUACAGGGGAGAACGUACCAAAAAGGCAGCUGAAUAUACAAAAUUAACAAUACUAAAACCCAUGAGCUGUAACCGAAACGAGCAACUAACUAUUCAAAGUGAUUAAGCUGGCAGAGAACAAUUUCAAUAGGUAUAUUUAAGUAGUGAGCCUAAAUAAUUUUGGAGAAGCGCGCAAGCUUGAUGUAAAAACAGGCAGAGAGGAAAUCAAAACCAAAAACAAAAUUUGCAAUUUGAAAGUAGGGAGUACGAUUGUUUUCGAGAAUACCUUUAGUUCUGUAUUCAACCUAAUUGUAUGUUUUAGUUAGUCGAUGCCACUGAAAUCUGUCUGAUCUUCUUGUAUGUCCCAUGCAAUAUGUUGUGUUUUUUUAAUGUAAUGCAUUGAUUUUUAUUGUGAAACGUGAACAUGUGCAACGGGUAUGUGAUUUUGAGCAAUUGUAAAUGGUGUAUUUGAGUUAUCUUAGGUUAUUUUCACUUAGCGAUGUGUAUACCGUUUGAAUGUAUUAUUAUUUAUUUGACGAAGCACCCGCACAUCCUCCCGAACAGCACACCCUUGUAUGUAAUAUGUCAUUUGCUGCCCAACCAAAAUCAAAGUGAACACAAAGAGAUGCACACAAAUAUUUUCUAUAUGCGAGAGCCAGCAUACAUAUAACGAUGUACGAGAGCAAAGCAACCAUUAAGUGUAUACUAAUGAAAUGAUUUAAAUUAUUGUGUAAUUUUAUUUAUAACCUGCAUAUAUAAAGAACAUAUUUAUCGAAUUUAUUAUGUAACUUUUCGAUUUAUUUUGAAUUGAAUAAAGAUUUUAUGAAACCUAAA